AUGGAGAAAUAUUUUCCUGCUUCCAAAGCGGCAUCCGUUCGUAAGGAAAUUAGUGGCAUUCUACAGAUGUCUGUGGAGUCUCUAUAUGAAUAUUGGGAGAGGUAUAAGGGGUUGUUGGCAAGAUGCCCACAGCAUAAUAUAUCCUCAAUACUUAUCAUUCAAUACUUCUACGAAGGAUUACUUCCAAAACAUAGGAAUUUGAUUAAUGAGGCUGCCGGUGGUUCACUUACUAAGAAGACAAUCUCGCAGGCAACCAGUUUGAUUGAGAGUAUGGCUUCCAAUGCUCAACAAUUCCACACCAGGAACAAAUCUAAUGUCAGAAGAGUUAGCGAGGUAGGAGAGUCUGCACAAUCAGAGCAACGGAUGAACAACAUAGAGAAGGUAGUACAACGAAUGGCAGCUGCGAUUAUUCCUACUUAUGAAGAAGAAUCUGAACAGGUGAAUGUUGUGUUCCCUAAUCAGAGGCCAAGUUAUGCAAAUCAGCAAGCUGCAACUCCUAAUCCUUAUGGGCGACAAAGUGGUUUUCAACAACCACAGUUUCGACUACAACCUCCACCUCAGCCUCAACAUCAGACUCAAAAUUCUAUUUUAAAGGAGAUGAUGAAAAUAAUGAUGCAAAAGCAAUAUGCUAAUGCUCAGCGUCAAGAUGCAAUCAUGCAGAAACAAGAUAUGACUAUAAAAGACUUGCAACUUCAAAUGGGACAAUUGGAUACAGAUAUGAAUGAAAUAAACUCAUUGAAUUCGGCAAAGUGGCCAUCACAACCUUUUGUGAAUCCAAGAGCUAAUGUCAAUGUUGUAACUCUAAGAAGUGGGAAGCAAACAGAAGAUCUAAAACAACAAUAA